AUGAAACAUUUUUCUGUUUCGUCAACUCGAAACAAGUUCAUCGAAGUUGGCUGUGACACAGUGGGAGAACUCUCAGUACAUGAUUAUAAGGGAAACAACUACACUACAGCAUGUGUAGCAUUGUGUAACAGGCUUGAUGAUAUCGUGGCAAAUGAAGCUUGCUCGGGCACUGGUUGUUGCGAGAUUUCAAUACCCCAAGGGCAUGUGUUAACUGAAGUAAUCUAUACUUCUGGAAGUAUAUUCAACAAUCACUCAGCAGUACAUAACUUCAAUCCCUGUGGUUAUGCUUUUUUGGUUGAAAAUGGAGCCUACAACUUCAAAUCCACAGACCUCCUCAAGUUGGAGAAGGAGUUUCCUGUGUUAUUGGACUGGGCAGUUGGGAACCAAACAUGCCAGCAAGCUCAGAAGGAUCGUUCAAACUAUGCUUGUAAGGACAAAAAAAGUACGUGUUAUGAUUCGACCAAGAGAUCUGGUUACCUUUGCAGAUGCUUUCAAGGAUAUUGGGGAAAUCCUUACCUCAUUCAUGAUUGCCAAGAUAUUAAUGAAUGCAUGGAUACCAAUGACUGUGUUGAGGGAGCAACAUGCAUCAAUACUCCAGGAAGCUACCAUUGUUUAUGUCCGGCAAGAUAUGAGGGGAACGGGAAGAUGAAUGGAACAAGAUGCAGUCAAAAGUCAAAUACCAAAUCAAGGAAAGAGAUCAUAUUGAUCAAUGCAUUGAGUGCCAGCAUAAGCCUCGUAGCACUACUGGUUGGAAGCUUUUAUGCAUAUUUGACAUAG